AUGAAAUGAAAUGCAACCAAUACACAACAACCACUACGAUAUGGACGAAAUGUUCCGACAGACUCUUGCAUUAGUUUGCUUUUAUUUUUCUUUUUCUUUCUUUAUUUCGCUUCAUCAAAUUUGCGCCUUAUGGUAAACAUAAUUGAAGUAAAAAAUUGAAUAAGAAAAAAAAUGUCAGAUUGUGAUGAAAAUACUGAUCUGAUUGAAUUAGAAGUGCCUUUUAAUGUAACUAAAACAUCAUCAUCAUCAAUGACUACCACUAAUACCACAACAGCCUUAAAUGAUCAAAAAAUUAAAUCAAAUACAUUUCCAUCAACAACAACAACAACAACGACAACAACAGCAACAAUACAAUCAUCGAUUGUCCAUCAUCAAAAUCAUCAUCAAUCAACAUCAUUAUUACAUAAUGAUAUUGUACAUCAUUCACAUUCAUUAGGUUAUAUUCCAUUAGAUCAAACAACAACAGCCAUUCUAAAAAGUCGUGAAGGUCGACGUAGAGUAACAAUAAAUGUUGGUGGUGUUCGUCAUGAAGUAUUAUGGCGUGCAUUGGAACGUUUACCACAUACACGUUUAGGUCGACUAAGAGAAUGUGUUACACAAGAAUCAAUAUUUGAAAUAUGUGAUGAUUAUAAUCCAGAUGAAAAUGAAUAUUUUUUCGAUCGUCAUCCACGUUCAUUUGCAGCAAUAUUGAAUUUUUAUCGCACAGGAAAAUUACAUUUAGUUGAAGAAAUGUGUGUAAUGGCAUUUAGUGAUGAUCUUGAUUAUUGGGGUAUUGAUGAAUUAUAUUUGGAAUCUUGUUGUCAACAUAAAUAUCAUCAACGUAAAGAAAAUAUUUUUGAAGAAAUGCGUAAAGAAGCUGAAUCAUUACGACAAAGAGAUGAAGAAGAAUUUGGUUCAGGGAAAUGUGCACAAUAUCAAAAAUUUGUUUGGGAUUUAUUGGAAAAACCAACAUCAUCGUUUGCCGCACGGGUAUUAGCCGUUGUAUCCAUAUUAUUUAUUGUAUUAUCAACCAUAGCACUUACAUUGAAUACGAUUGAUAGUUUUCAAGUACAGGAUCCAAUCACUGGUGCAAAUGAAGAGAAUCCAAAAUUAGCAAUGAUUGAAGCUGUCUGUAUAACAUGGUUUACAUUAGAAUAUAUGUUACGUUUUAUGUCAUCACCAAAUAAAUGGAAAUUCUUCAAAGGAGGCCUAAAUAUAAUCGAUUUACUUGCAAUAUUACCAUAUUUUGUAUCAUUAUUUCUUAUUGAAUCAAACAAAAGUUCCGAACAAUUCCAAGAUGUACGUCGUGUGGUGCAAAUAUUUCGUAUAAUGAGAAUAUUACGUAUAUUAAAAUUGGCAAGACAUUCCACUGGUCUACAAAGUUUAGGUUUUACAUUAAAAAAUAGUUAUAAAGAAUUAGGCCUUUUGAUGCUAUUUUUAGCUAUCGGUGUUAUGAUAUUUUCAAGUUUAGCAUAUUUUGCUGAAAAAGAUGAAAUCAAUACCAAAUUUCGUUCAAUACCGGAUACAUUCUGGUGGGCAAGUAUUACAAUGACAACUGUUGGUUAUGGUGAUAUUUAUCCAACAACACCAUUUGGUAAAAUUAUUGGUGCUGCUUGUUGUAUUUGUGGUGUAUUAGUGGUUGCAUUACCCAUUCCAAUUAUUGUGAAUAAUUUUGCCGAAUUUUAUAAGACCCAAAUGCGAAGAGAAAAAGCAUUAAAACGUAAAGAAGCAUUAGAACGUGCUAGACGUGAUGGUUCAAUAGUAUCAUUUCCACAUGUAAAUUUACGUGAUGCAUUUGUUAAAUCAAUGGAUCUUAUAGAUGUUAUUACAGAAAAUAAUACAAUUCAACAACAACAAAUUGAUACAAUAAGUAUUGGUGAAGAAUCACAAGCAAAUACCGGUAUUGGUUGUUAUAGAAAUUUUGAUCAUUUUUUAAAAGGUGGAUGUAUUGCUAUUACCGAUGCUGGACAACGUGCUGAAGGUUAUUUUGAACGACCAACAGCAACAACAACAACCGAAGAAAUAUUAACAAAAAAUCAAGGCAAUUCAAUUAGUCAGAAUAAUCUUGUUGAUUUAUCACCAUUAUCACCAACAACAACAACAACAACAAUGGCUAUUAAUACGAAUCAAAUUAAUAUCGAUAAUGAUGAUGAUAAUCCAACAAUAUCUAGUCCAACAACACUAAGUUUUUCCAAUCAAACAUUGAUCGAUUCAACUAAUGAUGAUUUGAUGAAUAUCAAAAAAUCCACACCAAAGAUUCUAAAUAAUAAUCAGAAUAAUAAUAAUAAUGUUAUUGGAAAUUGUUCGACAAUUGAAAAAUCUAAAAAACUAAUGUGUGUUAUAUUAAUGAUUUAUUUAUCUCGACAACAGCCAAAUGAUACGUUUGCACACAUUUUCGAAAAUGAAAUCCAAGUCUAG